GCAGCCCACUGCAGCAAUGCCUCAUCCUUCGAGAUGUCCGUAAAUCUCAUUGGUUCAAGGACUAAAUUAUAUCGUCCGAGCACCUAAGAUGCUCAGCCUCUUGUCGCAGAUGGCUGCACUACUGCAUAGGCUAUUUCUCCAGGUCUGGAGUAGGAUCUUUACCGGUCCGUCGACACAUCGUUCACUGUCAGCUUCAAACCCUGCGACAACAACAGUCAAGUUACCACCACGAAGUUGAAGUUCAACCUGCUCGGGUUUCUAAGCUGGUCUAAUCUCAUCCAUCACCUCGAGCUCGAAUGUCUUCUUUCUGCUAUAGUAUCACAAGGCCAUAUCCUUACAAAUGGUUCACACCAGUUGCCGUUGUGGGAGGAAUCGUCCUGGCAGCCUUGUUCUCCUUCAUCAAUUUCUACUCUAAUGCUUACAACAUGAUAACUAUCACGACGAACAAUCCAGACAUAGUUGAAGCCAACCGAUGGUCUCACAUUCCAGGAUCUUUGACGAGUCGCAUUCAUCCAAAGUGUGAAGAUGCUAUCAUUCCAGUUGGCUCCACUUUCAACACAAACCAGACUGCACUUUCCUAUCAGCUUGUCAGUCUACGAAAUCACCCGGCACUGUCUUAUCACAACAGGCGACUUGCAUUCUGUGAAGUCACACAAAUCUCGAUUGAUUUUCAGACAUCGAUUGACAGACAAGCUGCCCUGAUCGAUAGGUCCAGUUGGGGUGUCACUGUUAGUGCCGACAUCACUUGCAAUGCCCCGAACGAAGAGCACGAAAUCAAUUACAUCGGAUUUCGUACUCAUUAUGAUCCCUUGACAUGGGCUACCCAGCCGGGAGUGUCGGGAUUCAUAAGAGUAAAUGCAUCAUCGCCAGGUUUCGUGUGGGCCAAUACACUCCUAUUAGCCUUCUGGACCGAAACCGUCACUGCAACAGUCGAUCAAACUCUCCAACCCAAUUCCUCCGAAAUCGUUCCUCUAUUCAACUUGUCGAGUGGAUAUAUCUCCUUUUCAAGACCAGGCAUCAACAUUUACAACGAGUCAUUCUUUCGCCUUGGCAAAUACGCCUUUUUCAACCUCCCCGAGUCAAAGGCGUAUAGAGGAGAUUUCAACAUUACAGACGAUACUCUUUACGAAGGUCUCAUCACAAAGAACACAUGGCCAAAUAUCUGGUCACCGGCAAACCGUCUCGCUAAAGCAAUGUACUCGGUCAUCCAAGUCGAUCUAGGUCAAACAGAUACAGUGAUCACUACCUUCAACGGCACACCCGCAGACAUGAGUAUCCUCACCACCGCAGACCGCCUUCACCACUGGACCGAAAACCUGACGCAAAUCUGGGACCGCAGCACCGUUGCCGAUAAAAAUAAUUUGCUCCCUUAUGGUUUAAUGCAAAUGCGUCAAUUUGACAAGAAUACCGAUGCGACGAAUCCGAGACAGCCAUUGCGAUUCACACCUUCUGUCAUUUCCGCCACGUAUACUUGUCAAGUCCCUCGUCUGAAAUCGCAUGGCAAUAUUUUUAUUUCUAUUCUCGUGGCUGAUUUGGUUUUGUUGAGGGCGGCGUGGACGCUGUAUAAUUAUCUAGUGGACUAUUUUCUGAAGAGUAGGCAUCCGGAUGCUAAUGUGUGUGAGAAGUGCUUGGUAAGAGGUCAAGAUGAUGAAGUAGUGACGGUGGCUAGCUCGCGGAAUAUUGGGAAGGGUGGGAAGGAGGAGGGGGCUGAAGUUGAGGAUGUUGAAUUGGAUGAUCUUGGGAUGUCGAGGAGGUCGAAUGGGAGAGAGGGUGAUGGACAAAGUAUGCAGAGUUUGCUGCCGCAUAGAAUUGUCGAUAUUUGAAGAGGUCGUUGGGUAUUGAUAUAAGACAAUAGAUUAUAGGAUUUUGGUUCUCUAUAUUUGUCACUGCAUGUCAACAACACCUGUAUGUAUUACAAAAUUCGCAACCCACGACAAUCUUGUCCUAAUCAUCCCACUCCCUCGACCUACUCAACAAUCCAUAUCCGAUUGAAAAUCCUUCCUGAUCAAACCUCUCCGGCCACCCGCAUUCGAAAUACAACUGCUUCAUAGCAUCAUA